AUGACAGCCGCUGCCCGCUUGACUUUUCUGAGUCCGCAGGUGCUACGUGGGUUGCGUGCGACGCCUCGUUCUGCAGCUGGUUUUGCGAGACAUAGAGGCACUUUUGCGCGAAGGAGGGGGAAGGCUGUUGAGCCUCAACCCCUAAAGGUGGAUGCGACCCCGAAGCUCAAUACCUUGCAUCCUCUCACUAGCGACGCCCCUACUCGUCCCGAGCUUGAUAAGAACACGACCCAAGAGCCGGUGCAGUCUACGAUCGAUGAGUCAGUUUCGACAAACAAUACCCAACAGGCUGCUGCAUCAUCGAGUAGUAAACCACAGACCAAAGACGAUGAUACAUCCAAGGAAGAACAAGCCAGGACAGUUCGGGAAGAGGCCAAGCAGAGCGGCCCCCUUGAGGCGGUCUUGCACAUGGAACCUCCCAAGACCACAGAAACGACAACAACAAGACUGGGCCCGACAAUGAGCCCACCGCCCUACGUCCAUCACUUUGACACUUAUUCGCUCGUAAAGCAAUUGCAGGACGGAGGGUAUUCGCAGGCGCAGGCUACGACAUCGAUGAAAGCAAUUCGAACAUUACUUGCAGAGAACUUGGAGAUUGCGCAAUCAUCUUUGAUCAGCAAGAGCGAUGUGGAAAAUGAAACAUAUCUAUUCACGGCGGCUUGUUCAGAGUUGAGUACCGAAAUUAAGAAUAACCGACGACUCGAAGAGGAACAACUGCGACAACAGCGAACGCACUUGCAGCACGAGGUCGACAUUUUGAAUCAAUCUCUCAACCAAGAGGUUCAUGCGCUCAACGAUAAUGUGCGGGGCUCUUUCAAUGAUCGAAAGAUGGCUGUCCGGGAAGAGCAGAAAGUUGUGGAGAGCGCUGUUCAACAAAUCAACUACAAGAUCAGUAUUGUGCUCAGUAGCGAUGCGAAGUCGGAGAUUGAGGCUGUGCGCUGGAUUCUUAUCCGUCGCUCUGUCGUGGGUAUACUGUUCAUGGCGGUUUUAACACUUGGUACGCUUCGAUACGCUACCUACGUCAGUCAUGAGAGACAAAGAGAAGUCGAUCGUAUCAAGAAAGAGGAGGAAGAGAAGCGAAGGAAUGGCGGAAAGCAGGAUCGCGCCACUGAUGCUGAUGCAAUCGCAAUUCUAGCUGCCAACUGA